UUCUCCAUCGACAGCGUCACUGGGGAGAUCCAGGUCGUGGCCCCGCUGGAUUUUGAGGUGGAGCGGGAGUACGCCCUGAGGAUCCGGGCGCAGGAUGCGGGGCGCCCUCCCCUCUCCAACAACACUGGUAUGGCCAGCAUCCAGGUGGUGGACAUCAAUGACCAUGCCCCCAUUUUUGUGAGCACGCCUUUCCAAAUCUCUGUCCUGGAGAAUGCUCCCCUCGGCCACUCUGUCAUCCACAUCCAGGCGGUGGAUGCGGACUACGGCGAGAACUCGCGCCUGGAGUACAAACUGACCGGGGUCUCGCCCGACACGCCCUUUGUGGUGAACAGUGCCACGGGGUGGAUCACAUCUCCGUCUUUAUCCGCCUCCGCCAGCGUCACCAUUACUGUCAUGGAUGUCAAUGAUAACCGCCCCGAGUUUACGCAGAAGGAGUACUUCAUCCGCCUGAACGAGGACGCAGCCGUGGGGACCAGUGUCCUCAGCGUCACGGCAAUUGACCGGGAUGUGAACAGUGCCAUCACCUACCAGAUCACGGGAGGCAACACACGGAACCGCUUCUCCAUCAGCACGCAGGGCGGGACGGGGCUCAUCACGCUGUCUCUGCCGCUGGACUACAAGCAGGAGCGGCGCUACGUGCUCACUGUGACGGCCUCCGAUCGCACCCUGCGUGACAACUGCCACGUUCACAUCAACAUCACUGAUGCCAACACGCACAGGCCUGUGUUCCAGAGUGCCCACUACUCUGUGAGCAUCAACGAGGACCGGCCCGUGGGCAGCACCGUGGUGGUGAUCAGCGCCACGGACGAUGAUGUGGGGGAAAACGCCCGCAUCACAUAUUAUCUGGAGGACAAUGUCCCUCAGUUCCGCAUCGAUCCAGACUCCGGGGCCAUCACUCUCCAGGCAGAACUGGACUAUGAGGACCAGGUCACAUACACAUUGGCUAUCACUGCCAAGGACAACGGGAUCCCCCAGAAAGCGGACACCACCUAUGUUGAAAUCAUGGUGAAUGAUGUGAAUGACAACGCCCCCCAGUUUGUGAGCCCUCACUACCAGGGCAUGAUCUCUGAGGACGCACCUCCCUUCACCAGUGUGCUCCAGAUCUCUGCCACUGACCGGGAUGCCCACACCAACGGGCGAGUGCAGUACACAUUCCAGAACGGGGAGGAUGGGGAUGGAGACUUCACCAUAGAGCCCACCUCGGGCAUCAUUCGCACUGUCCGCAGGCUGGACCGCGAGAAUGUUCCUGUCUAUGAACUGACAGCGUACGCUGUGGACAGGGGCAUCCCUCCUCAGCGCACUCCUGUCCAUAUCCAGGUUACCAUUCAGGAUGUGAAUGACAAUGCCCCUGUCUUCCCUGCUGAAGAGUUUGAGGUCUUGGUAAAGGAAAACAGCAUUGUAGGUUCUGUUGUGGCCCAGAUCACAGCUGUUGACCCAGAUGAGGGACCCAAUGCCCAGAUCAUGUACCAAAUUGUGGAAGGCAACAUCCCUGAGAUAUUCCAGAUGGACAUCUUUUCUGGGGAGCUCACAGCCUUGAUAGACCUGGAUUAUGAGACAAAACCUGAGUAUGUGAUUGUAGUGCAGGCCACCUCUGCCCCUCUGGUCAGCAGAGCCACGGUCCACAUCAAACUCAUUGACCAGAAUGACAACAGCCCUGUUCUCAAGAACUUCCAGAUCCUGUUCAAUAACUACGUGUCCAAUAAGUCCAACACCUUCCCCUCAGGGGUCAUAGGGAAGGUCCCAGCUUAUGACCCAGAUGCAUCUGACCGCCUCUUCUACACCUUUGAGCGGGGAAAUGAACUGCACUUGUUGAUUGUAAAUCAAUCGAGCGGGGAGCUGAGGCUGAGCCGUAAACUGGACAACAACCGGCCGCUCGUGGCCUCCAUGCUGGUCACUGUCACAGACGGGAUCCACAGCGUGACAGCCCAGUGCGUCCUGCGGGUGAUCAUCAUCACGGAGGACAUGUUGGCCAACAGCAUCACGGUGCGGCUGGAGAACAUGUGGCAGGAGCGCUUCCUCUCCCCGCUGCUGGCCACCUUCCUGGAAGGGGUGGCCACCGUGCUCGCGACGCCCAAGGAGGACAUCUUCAUCUUCAACAUCCAGAACGACACGGACGUGGGUGGCACGGUGCUCAACGUCAGCUUCUCGGCCCUGGCGCCGCGGGGCAGGCGCUACCUCAGCUCGGAGGAGCUGCAGGAGCAGCUGUACAUGAAGCGCAUGGCGCUGACGGGCGCCUCCAUGCUGGAGGUGCUGCCCUUUGACGACAACGUCUGCCUGCGGGAGCCCUGUCAGAACUACAUGAAGUGCAUCUCCGUCCUCAAGUUCGACAGCUCGGCCCCCUUCAUCGCCUCCCCCUCCACCCUGUUCCGGCCCAUCCACCCCAUCGCUGGCCUGCGCUGCCGCUGCCCGCAGGGCUUCACGGGGGACUAUUGCGAGACGGAGAUCAACCUCU